CUAUGUGUAUACCCACAAGUUUCCAAAUGGUGCUUGCUGCUAGAAAGACACACGGACUGGGGAGGAAUGGAGGUCAGACUGGGAUGUAGUGCAGGUGAAGACAACAGAGGAACGCCUGGAUGGAAAGGCAAUCAGACAAGUAAGUUCCUUUUGCAGAAUUAGGGAUAAAGUUGCUCUCAAUUUCUCUCUGUCCAGAUAAUCUGAACCAGCUGGGAUUAUUCCCCACAAACAUCUUCUGCAACUGUGAAGGGCAGAGAAGGAGUUAAAGCAGCCCUCAGCUCAAAGGGUGGCAGGAACGGCUCCUGUCAGACCAACCCAAGCUGGGGAAUCCCCGGGGACAGGAGACUCAGGCCCCCCUCCACUGGCAGCAGCCCCCUCUUCUGGGAAAUGAGAACGAUGCGGCGGCCCCUUUAAUAAUGGGAGCCGGUGCUGAUUAGUGUGGACGGCACGAUCCACUGCGGAGCGGGAGCGGGACCGGGACGCCCACAAAUAGGCUGCCGUGCUCGGAGCGUGUAGGUGAGACCCGACAGGGCUUACACCCGUGGCUCGCUUGUAAAUACAGGCGGGGUGGGGGCAGAGGAGUCGUGCUGAUAAUUUCUUGGACCUGGUUAACACCUGAAAUAUUAUGAAAUGGUGUACUUCGGUGAAACAUUUGUACUUCGGUGAAACAUUUGUACUUCGGUGUAACGUUUCCGUUUAUUUUUUUAAUUGAAAGAGAAUGCGAGAUGAUAGCUCAGGAAAAAUCUCAGCCCUACUUGCAAAGGUCCCCAUUCUAAAAGAAAAUGUUCUCGGAGACACCUGCAGUGAAGAGAUUUGCUUAAAGUCACAGCUGAAGGGUUUGUAACAACUGGAAUUUGAUCUGAGAUUACCUGAAUCAGAGAUCAGAGCCUCAGUUACAGGAACUGUCUCCUUGCUUCCCCUUUCCUUCUUACUGUUCGUCAAUAAAAGAAAAGCCUGUGAUACAAUGCCUUUCUCAAUCAUGGAAAGAGGAGGAUAUUGUUACUAACAGGAAUCAGGACAGUAAACAAACAUGCAGACUGUUCACAAUUAAUUCCUCAACAGAAUUUCAUCAAAAAGCACCUGCCAAUUAUUCCAUAAUGACAGGCCACCUGGAAAGCAGUAAAGGUGGUUGGUUUAUCCAAAGCAUUAGGAGACAAAAUAAUGGAUCAUUUAUUUGUUAACCAAAACAGACGUAGAGAAUAAGGAGGGUCCAGUAGUAUGUGUACAACAGCCAAGAACAGUCAACACUAACAAAUACUUGGCCUAUACAAUGACUUAAAAAGAAUCACUUCAUGAUAUUUAGUAAGAAAGUGUCUACGACAUAGGAGCCACACACUAACCCCAAAUACCCAGAAAAUCUACCAGUGAAGAAUGUGGGGAACAUUUUGCUUCUGUGAAUGGCUAAAACCAUGUCCUAAUGUGUUUGUACAGUACAUAUCACAGUAGGAUACGGUUUCACAUGGCAUGUGUGGGCUGUAAAGUAUAGAUACACAUAUAUUUAUAAAAUACAUAUAUUCUGUUUAUCAGCCCUGCAGUAAAAACAGAAUUUAUGGCUUCGAGUUUACUUAUUACAAAGAAGUGCUCCCUAAACUUCUUGGAGUACUGUCAGACAACAUUUCUCACAAAAUAGUGUUUCCACAUCAAAUUUAAAUGAAAAAAAAAUAAGGAAAAAUGAUUUUGUGGCCGGUUUGUUAAGCACCUCACUGGCCUGGAGAGCCCUAAGAGGACAAACAGCACCACCGGAAAAUCAGCCUGCAUAAAGCACCUUAGUCAGUAAGAAUCCAGUAAAAUUCCUAGGCUGCAGGGAGCUCAACUGCUACAAUUAAAAAAAAAAAAUCUUCAUAGAUUGCAGUGAAAUCAGCUCACUCACUUCCCUGAAAUGGGGUGGGGGAGGGAAUCAAAAGGGUAAGAGUGAGAAAACACAUGGGUUGAGAUAAAGACAGUUAAUAGGUAAAGAAAAGUCUGCAUACACAAGCAAAUCAAAACAAGGAAUUCAUUCACCACUUUGCAUGGGCAAGCAGGUGUUCAGCCAUUCCCAGAACAGCAGGGCUCCAUCAUGCAUUGUGGGUACUUGGGAAAACAAACACCAUCACACCGAAUGUCCCUCCCUUCCUCCUUCUUCCCCCAGCUUUGUAUAUACUAAGCAUGACACCAAAUGGUGUGGAAUAUCCCUUUGGCCAGCUGGGCUUAGCUAUCCGGGCUGUGUCCUCUUCCAGCUGGUGGUGUGAGGUGAGAAGCCAAAAAGGCCUUGACUCUGUGCAAGUGCUGCUCAGCAAUUGACUAAAACACCUCUAAAUUAUCAACACUGUUUCUAGCACAAAUCCAACCCACAGCCUCAUACAAGGUACUUUGAAGAAAAUUAAUUCUACCAAAACCAGUCAAAACCAGCACAGCAUGGGAUAAAAAACAUUCAGCCAUUCUCAGGCAGCAAGUGGUCUUCUAUAAAUUGCAGACCUGAAAUAAAGAAUGCCAGCAAUAUUUUGGUGACACAUAAAACUGACAAUAGAGAAAAUCCAGCAAUCUUCUAACACCAAGUAGAGCUGCACAAACUAAAAUGUAAUGAAAGGAGGACAGGAUGUUUACUUCCUUCUCAAAGAAUAUUAAGAAUUGAUAAAUAUAUUGAUAUAACUGAUGCAAAUAUAUUUGUGGAAUGAAAGGCAGAGCUAUAAUCAAUAGUGGGACUUUAUCAAAAUCAGGAAAGUUAGAUUUAUUAGGCAGUAAAUAUUUACACUGUGUUAUUUGCGCAACUAACCAGCCCAUCUGGCUUGGUGUGAAUGAAGAGAACUCAGAAGGGUCAACAGCUAAACCAGAGACUUUAGGAACAGCAAGAACAAUCAGUUACUCUCUCAUCCUGAAGAGUUUUGCAUAGGCAUGUCAAAUGUGGAGAAUCAGCUAAUCACAGCCUUGUUUUUUAUAAUAUCAGUAUUUCAUCUAUCACCCCAAAACAGUCAUUUCUUUUCCCCUUGACUCAUGCAAUUAUAUACAUAUAGUGUUAAUCUGGAGAAUAUCAGGUUUGAUUUCCACCCUUUUCUAAGUGUUCUUCAAGCUGUUCCACUUCAGUUGUCUCUUACUGACCUACCACAAAAAAAUGACCUACCACAAAAACCUCUUACUAUGGCAAUUUGUAGCCAAAACUUCUCCAUUUAGAGAGCCACGAUUAAUAAGAAGCCUUGAUUUUUGUCUUUGUUUUGUUUGGAAACAUGUUUACAGUCAGAUUCUACACUGCUUGUUUGACCUACCAGUUUCAACACAACUUGUAAGAAAAAAUAUUUAGCCUGCAAAUUCAUAAAAUAUAAAGUAAGAGCAUAAAAAUAAUAUCUGAAAAUAUCUCUAGAAGUGUUUUAAUGAGUCAUAUUUUGUUCUUUAUUAAUUAAAUAAGACAUACCUUGCAUGGAAAUGAACAUAUUUCUGCCUUCUCCAGCCCCAUAAUGAAGAGUGUUGAUAUGGUAGAUACUCAUGGUGCCAGUUUCAUAUACUUCAUAUACUUCAUAUACAGAAUUUUAAAAAUUAUGAGACAAGCUUAACAAAGUUCACUAUAGCUGGACUGACAUGGAAGGACACUUCAAGGUAGGGUUGCAAGGGGAAAGCAGCAAGCAGAAGCAAGAGAUGCAGAAAGCUGUAGUCCUCGAUAUAAUCAAACACUUGUCAGGGAUUUUGUAUAAAUAAAGAUCAGUGCAUCAUUUGGCCUUUACAGUGCUCCUAAGAAACGGUAGAAAUUACUUCACAUCCAUACAUUCCUCAUGCUGCUCUGUAAAUAUCUUUUAAGAACAGCAGGUGAACAUAAUAUUGCCAAGGAAGCAGAGGAGUCAGCUCUUAUCGUGGAGAUGGCCAAAUGUACAUCCCAUAGCAGUGGCUGAAUAGAAAAUUUAGGAAGUCUUGAUGAUGGUCAAAGUUGUUGCUGAGUAGCUUGAUAAGCAGGGGAAUCUGAGUAUAAGCAGUAGCACUAUGUAUCACAGACUUGGCAACUUCAUCAAUAUUAAUGGUCGCUUGGAGACUUCAAUAUUAAUCUCAAGCAGGAUCUCAAGCAGGUGUAGACCAGAAACUUGUGAGAGAUCUGGGCGUCACAUGCUGCCACAAAUUCAAGUGUGAGAAGUAAAGGGUCAUGUAACAGUGAUUCUGUUACAAAAGACUAUUAUCCCUUUUUUUUUUUUUAAUCGAGCGAGACAAAAUUUGGAGGAAGAAGGGAGGAACAGAGGAGGCAGUGGACAAGAAUAUGUAGCUCAUCAGUAGUUCCAAUAUAUUCAAAGAAGUCUCUUCAACUAGAACUAUGAUCUCUCAUGCAAUGACUGUCACUGAGAGCUUUUCAAAUAGUAAAACACUGUCCCCUGAAUCACUCUGACAUUUUUCAUCAGCAAGGGAUUUCACAGAACAGCUUUAUGAAUCAGAGGUUGCCAAUAGUCAGUAAACUUGAAAACUCUUCCCAAGAAACAGAGGCACCAUUUCAUGGAUCAUCAUUGGCAUCAAUUAUGAGUUCUGUCCAACACAGAUGACCAUGAACUAUGACCACUCUAUCCUGAAAUUCUCCCCUCAAUGGAAAUUUUCUCAUUUUCACAGAAAGACCCUUUGCAACUAGUCAGCACUUUCUCAUGGAAGCAGCAGACUUGCACAGUUUUCACCAUUAAUAAAUUCUCAAAGCCAUCAGUUCAAACAGAUAUACAGUUAAUUCCAUGUAUUGAGUGUCCUGAUUUUUACUUGCCUACAGUGAACAAGAAAGCUAUCUCUCAGCAACAGAAGCCUUGAUAACACAGAGUUCCCCUUUAUAAACAAUAGGAGUUGCAGUAAUCACCACUGCUGCCGCCUCAGGAGAAAGCAAAAGUGGUGUACUGCUUUCACAGCACUGAUUCACAAAGAGUAGGCUGGACUGGCAGUGAUGUGGCACAGUGCUCUUUAUGAUACUGUUCCUGCAGUUGAUGGCUGACCUUGAAAACAGUCAUUUCCCUCCACAGGAACAAACAUCCAAAACAUUGUCACAAUGCCAUGCUAGAAUGUACCAGAAUAACAAUUCAGAUGCCGUACAAACUGCAAUACUAUAAGGCAUGACAAUGGCACAUACCAGAAAUGCAUUAUGAUGUGCUCUUGCUAAUUUGGCAGUGUCUAUUAGGAAUGCAAAUCCAUGCCAGAACUGGACAAAACCUGUAUGUAUCACUAAAUAAACUAGCAGCUCGCAUGUUGAGGAACCAGGCCAAGAUAGAAGCUACGCUCUUUUCAGCUCAUGUGACUAUUUGCUUUCAUAAAAUAGCAUAUUUGCUCUUUCACUGACCCCUGUGAAUGCCUGUUUGCAGGGAUGUAACUGAAAUGUAACACUCAUUUUUCCUGAGGCAGAAAAAGGAACCAGAUUGAGUUUCCUCUCUCCGAGGUGUGCUGCCUUUAUGGCACAUAGCUGGAGCAAAGUGUAGUGAAAACUAGUGCUAAAACUAGGCUGAAACAAACGGUAUUGUCUUUGAAUGGAAGAUAUCUAAUGAAGUAAAAAAAAAGGAUCCCAGUUAUACAUAUAGUUUUCAGGCAAAAACUAUCUUUAUUAAAAUAGAUUUUAUUAAUUUUUCUUUUCUUUCUUUUUUUUCUUUUUUUGACUAAGUUAUCUCUCUCUGGCCUUCUGUACUUGAAUUGUUGUUCUGUGUCUUUGUCACACUUGCUUUAGACUAUGGGCACCUUAGACUGAGAAUAGGCACCAAGGAGCAUGUGGGAUUCUGCACUGCGUUUGCUAUAAAGCACAACGCUUAGAGAGGGGACCAGUACCAAUAACAGCAGUGUACUCUUUUUCUCCAAAGCACAGCUCAUCAAUAAAAUAGUCAAGUGAUCUCUUUGCCUGGCAAUACCUCCUCCAUUCUUCCCCCCUCUAUUUACUGAAAGAAUCUGAAGAAAGUGCAGCUCUACACAAUAGGAAUGUAAAGGCACCUCAUGGAGAGACACAGUGGGUCCCACCAGUGACAGCAAACGAUGCCAAAUUCCUGCUCAGGAAUCUGCAUUCUGUGACAGGAGCUUCAGCCUCUUUUACUCCUCUCACGCCUGUUAUGUUUUAGUCCACAAUUAUUUAGUAUCACAGCGAGUUGGAUAGUUGGUGAAUUCCAACCCAAGGAGACUAUAUUUUAAUGCUGAGUGGUAAUGCCCAAAUAUUUCAGGUGUGGUUCCCUAGCAGAACCAUCUAAUGCUGUUGAAAGGAAAAGGGCAUCAACCUUUCUUCAACACAGGAACGGGCCAUGAGGUCCUUUAUCUUCUCCUGUGGCUGUACUGGCACUUCCUGCAGGUUUUUGUGACUGUUGGUUUACUAACACAAGAGAAAAUAGUGCUUUUUUCCUUUUUACUUUUUUAUGUCUUGUUAGCAAUUCAGAACAUGUCAGAGAGGGUUCCAGUGUAUAACAGGUUUGGCAAUAUAAGCAGCAAGAAUAUGUCACUAGGACCAGGGAGGAAGAUAAGGAACAGAAGUUCUGUGGCAAUUACACAUGAACUUUUCUCACUGCAUCUCAUGUCCUUUGCCUGAAAACUUUCCUGUUUUAGAAUGGUGCAAUUAUGUCUAGAGAAAAGAAUGUUCCAUCAAAAAGCAGUUCAGCAUCUACAGGUUUUAUUUUCUCUUAUUUCCAGAGACACCUAGUACAGUCCAGAAUGAUAGCAAAUGAUCUUACUGUGUUCUUUUAACUGUUCUCAAUUGAUUUCUUAAUUUCAUCUUGCAACUAUUUUUUUCUGCUCAUUUGGUCUUUCCACACUAGGUAUUCCACUUAAUUCUUUCACCAUAUUCUAGCAGUAGGAUCUUAACUGCUCUCAUUCUUCUUCACCUUCAGUGAUCACCACCCGACAUCUCCUCCUCUGUCUGAUCCACAUUAGGAGCUCUAAAUCAGCAAAAGAGGAGAGGUCACUGUAGUGUUCCAUUUAGUAGCAUUGCAGUCACCAGAGUGGAUUCCUUCAAAGAACUGCAUACUUCCAAUUUACAUCCCAAAUACAGUAACAUCUGAUUUUUCAUCAGUAGAAGUACUGUGGUGUGCAGAGAUUCUACAUAAGUGUAGAAAGUCCUCCAACAAAAAGUAAAUAAUUUAGACCAGGUUGGGCUCUAUCAUCAAACUAAAUCAGAUGCACAAAGUUUUACCAAUGCUAAUGAAACCUCACAAUUUGAAAGCCGUUACUCUAAAGAGAACUCAGAAUAAAAAGAUGAGGAAGCUUCUUGCAUUUGCUUUCUUGUGUUUUUUUUCCAGACAAAAAGCAAAACAUGUGAUGUAAGUGAAUUUAAAAGGUUAUAAGAGGAGAUAAAAACCCUCCUAUAGUCUUGGUAAAUGCUUGUUACUUGUUCUUCUCCUGGCAGACAAGGAGGUGCUGCUUUGUUAAUUUUAAAUACAUAGGAACUUUAGGUGUGCAGACAGCCCUGGAAACACUUCUCAUCUUGAACGUGACUCCUCACUUUCAGCAAAGAUAAAUCCAUUAGUUCUGCACAACAUAAGUGUCUCUGACUUGUUCUCUGUAGAUUUAUGCUUUUCAUUUAACCUUCAGACAGCUGAGGAAUUAAUAGCAGCAGUAGAAGCUCUUCUUGUAAUAUCAGUCGUGUGACCACAUCUCAGCUACUGCAGGUAGAAGACAGCCAUGCCAAAAAACCCCACCACACAGUGACUACACAUAUGAUAACUUUCAACCAUUGUCCUGUAAGAACUGGAAUAAGCUGGAAGACAAAAAGAGAUUGCCAGCUCCCAAGAAAUGUAUGAACAUUCAGCUAUGCAGGUCAAACAACUGGUUUUCUCAAAGUUCCACACAUUUUUUGAAUACCCAAACAUUGGCAUUUUGCUUUCUUUGGGGUUUUGCUUUCUCCUGCCUAAGAGAUUGUACUGACCAGAAACAUAUAAACCAGAGGUCAUGGCUGCCCUGUGGUCUCUGUAGAUACAAUGCAAUGAUGCAUUUUGCUUAGUCACAAAGGGGACUAAGCAAAACCUGGGAGACAAGAGGUAGACAAGACAGGAAAAGUGGUUCAGUAGCACUUUGUCUCCAGUACUUGCUCAGGUUCUCAGAAAUUGCUUCAGGACAAGGUUAUGGGGAAGAAUAGACUUAGCGAUUACCAUGAGAUUAAUCGUGCAGUGGUAUGUACGUCACAGGCCCUUGGGAAUAAAGCAAGCUUCUCUGCAUACCGAGCUGAUAAGUGAGCUUACUGUAGGUACUAAGUUAAUUAGUAGCAGUCAGGGCAGGAGGUUGAGUAGAUAGUGAGAUGAAACAGGGGAAAGGUGAAAUGCUUCCUAGAGGGGGACAAGAAGAUACUGGAAGAAACAAAGAAAGAAUUAAAAACAAAAAAGGAAAUCCACGGUCUUAACUAAAGAGAUCUACUGUUAAAUGAAGGUCCCCACAGCAUGAUUGAACAACAGAACAAAAAGCUUUCCGUAAAAAAAAAAAUCUCUUCUGCACAUGAAAGGGAGACAGUUUAGGAUGGCAGUAUAAAUGUCCUUGUUUACUCUUCCUGGCUUCAACACCCUGUUUAACAAACCCUGCAUAGUGAUGUCUCAGGCCUUUCCUGAGCCCCUCUGCAUUUUCUGAAUCUUUUCAUCACCAAAGACUUCUUGACGCAGCUGUGUGAUCAUUUUUUUCUUUGUUAUGGAUCCCCACACACUGUAACCAAUGACAGUCUGAACCAGACUAUGGAGAGAAUCAAAACAGCAGAUAGAUUAAAAUUUCAUAAGUGUUUCAGAAAUGCCAAAAGGCCUCAUGUAGAACUGUGUUGCUAGAAAACAUAUUGCAAAGGUUAGUUCAUAGUGGUUCAUCCUCUUUUGUAUCCUUAGACCCACAAAGCAGUCCAAUCACAUCCAUAAACAUGUUCAACUAAUGCAUUCACAGCUGCAUUGUACAGUAAUGUUGUUUUAUGCAUUCAGGUAAAUGAAUAAAAAUAAUUCCUAAAUAUUCAGCACCAUCAUCCAUGAACUCCAUGUGUAAAAUCUGCAGAAGUUACUGAACUCUGGACCUCAACAGAAAUAAACUGAAAUAAUACAAGCAACAAUUAACACAGCAAAGACACCUACAAUUUCUAGCCUUUUUCAUCCUGAUAUUUCAUAUCUAUGUCUAUUAACGUUUUUUUAAAUGGUGCACCACUCAAAAUUACAGAUUUUCAGCCAACCCAACAUCUUUCUAUCUAUCCACAAAUCAAAUACACCCUUUCCAAUCACCAGGGUAGUUUUCCACCAAAUAAUGAAGAAUGUUUUCACCUUUCUGACCUUCUCUUUACUUAGCAAAAAGAUCUAGCCCCAAAGCAGUGCCUACUCCCCACAGUAGAAUGUGCAGACAAGCAAAGUGCCUCAGCUCCCUCCACACAGCAAAAAGAAGCAUAAGUACCUUCUACAGGUACUUACAAGGAGGAUUCAACAAUGAUCAGAUUGUUGGGGGGAUUCAACAGUAGCCAGUGAAUGUACCAGAGCUGGGAGUUGCCUAAAGUCAUCAGGCUGAGCUGGAAAUCCCUGAUCUAACUAACAGGAUUUGCUGAGUACAAGAUGGGUCUUAGAUUCUAAUCCUUUCUGUGAGACUUACUCUAUCAAAGAAGAAAGAAUUUCCUUCUACUCCAGUAGUUUGAGCUGACCUGGUGAAAUGACAGCCACUGCAGCCCUGGAAAUUAUCCACUCUUCCUCCCUUUUCCUCCACCACUCUAGCUACGCAUUCCCAUUGCUUCCCUUUAAUGCGGAACUAGUGGUUAGAUGAUACUUUGGAGACUAGAUUCUGCCCACUAAAUUCACUCUGGAAAAAUGUAAAUACUUUCCCACCAGCUGAGUUGGCCAGGCUGGCUCAGAAAGAGAUCAGCUGAGCACUGAACCAAGGCAAGGACAAGAGGAAAUGGAGGACAAGCAGGAAGAAUAAUUUUAAUUACCUCCUCAAAUCAGUCAGAUAUAAAUCUUUUAUCUCUAAGGAAUGAUUCUAACAACCACCAGCUACACUGGUUAGAAGGAAGUUGGUGUUAGUACCAACACGUGCAGAUUCUACCAUGGGUCAGUCAUUAUUCCUGUGAAGAGAGGCUGUGAAAACAGUUUUGUCAAAUCUUCCUUAGCAGUCAAGAUAUUCUCAACACCAGGCAACUCUGAAAUGGAAAUUGUAGCUUUGAUUUAAAUGAUAGUUUUGCAAAAUGACAUGCGACAUGCCAUAAUCCUUACUUCCUCCCCUUUAUGUGGAUAUUAAGUCUGCCAUCUUCAAGGAAUUCUCUUGACAGCAAAGAAUGGAUAACAAUUAGAACUAAAGGUCCUUUAUCUGUCAGCAGUCAAAAAAGGCAAUUAUGAGGAGAAAAUAUUCAAAACAUAAAAAUAUUGACAAGUCUAGGCUGGAAGGGCAGAUUAUCUGGUCCAACCCCUUAUUCAAAGCUGAUCCUUAGACUCAGCUGUGUCUUGAAUAUUUCCAGCCAAGAGGAUUCCUCCAAUUCUGUGGGCAAGUAAUUGCAUUUUGCUCUUUUCACAUUAAAGACUUUUUUUUCUUAUAUCCACAGGCACUUACCCUUUUUCCUAUUGCCUCUUGUCCUGUCACCAUGUACCCUCAUGAAGACUACCUCCCUCCUCUGACUACCUAUUACUCUUUAGUAACUACUAUAACUACUUACUACUCCGUAACCACCUACUACUAUGGGAAAACUGUAAGUAGACACUCACCAUCUGCCCAAGCCUUGUCUCCUCUAGGCUGUACAAAUCCAGCCUCUUAAGUUGUCAAAACUCACCAACCCUCAAAGCAUCUUUGUGGCAAUUCACCAGACCAUAUCCAGUUUUUCAGACCAUACCCAAACUGGGGGAACCAGAACUGUACACAGUAUUACAGGUGUGUCCUAACAAGUGCUGCGUAGAACAAUCCCACCCCUUGAUCUGUUGACUACACUCUUACUGGUGCAGCCCAGGACACAGUUUGCCUUUAUUGCUUCAAGGACACACUGCCGACUCCUGUUGAGCUUCCUGUUCAUUAUGUCCACCAAGGCUAUUUCAGCAGAGCUGCAACCCAGUCAGUCAGACCCCAGCCUGUACUGCUGCGUAGGGUUAGUCCAUCCCUGCAUGAUUUUGUAUUUAUCUUUGUUAAACCUCACGGAAUUCUUGUUGGCCCGAUGUUCCAAACUAAAUACUAUUAAUAAACAUUUAGCAGCAGAGCAUCUUCCUAUUCCAGACACACAUGAGCUGCAGCCAGCUCCUAGAUGUAAUUCAUGCCAUAGUGUUUGAGAAUUUCCAAUGUGAUAAGCACUGAUGAGUUAUUAUAGGCAGUUUAGAGAAAUCUCUGCAUCAGUAGCCCUUGUCCUUCUGGAAUAUUUCAACUUCCCAGAUAUCAACUUGGAAUAACAAAUUGCUGAGAUGAGAAGAUCUAGGAAAUUCCUGAAGUUUGUAGGAAAUAACUUCUUGUCACAGAUACUCAGUGAGACACCUAGGAAGGAUGCCCUCCUAGACUUGCUAUUUGUGAAUAAAGACUUAUGGGAGAUGUGAUGGUAGGAGGCUGUCUUGGCCACAGUGAUCAUGAAAUGAUUGAGUUUAAAAUUUUCAGUGAUAUUUCUUGAAGAUGGUCACCUGACUAGUAGGCAUGAAGAAAAAGCAGGGGCGUUCAAGGUGAUUUUUGCCACGUCUUUAAUAAUAAUGGUGGACUUUGGGCUACCCAGUCCCCUGAGUUGGAGGACCAUGAGUGUGGGAACAGUAACUUUCAAUUUGUGAACACUGAAAUUGUAAGGGACCAGCGGUAUCACUGAAUGUUCACAAGCCAAUGGGGCCUGGUGGGUUUCACCCCAGAGAUAUGAAGGAGCUAGGGGAUGUUAUAGCAGAACCUCUCUUGAUCAUCUACCAAAGGUCUUGGGAGUCUGGGUAGGUCCCUUCUGACUGGAAGCUAGCCAGUGUUAUUCCAGUCUUCAAGAAGGGUGUGAGGGAAGACCGGGGGAACUACAGACAUGUUAAUCUAACCUCAAUACCUAGAAAAAUUAUGGAGCAGAUCAUACUGGGUUCUAUUGAAGGGCACUUCAAGACCAAUGCAAUCAUCUGUCACAGUCAACAUGGUUUCACAAAGGGAAGAAAAUCCCGUUUAGUCAAUUUGAUAUCCUUUUACUAUAACGUCACCUGCCUAGUGGAUGAAGGGAAGGCAGUGGAGGUAGAUUUUCUGAAUUUUAGUAAGUUUAUUAAUACUGUCACUUCUGGACACAUUCUUCUGGAUGGAAAUUUUCCAGCUGUAGGAUGAGUGGUUUCACUGUGCACUGGGUGAAGAACCCUCAAAAGGGUGUAGUGAACGGGGCUACAUCUGUUUGAUGACUGGUCACCAGAGGUGUUCCUUAGGGCUCAAUUCUAGGGCCACUUCUGUGCAAUAGGACAGGACUAUUUUGUAGGUAAUAUACAACUGCUGAGAUGAGCAGAUCUAGAGGACAAGAGCAGGUCUGAGGGACAAGAGGCCUUGCAGAGGGAUCUAGCCAGAUUGAAGCAUUAGGUAAUCAUUCAUGGUGUGAAAUUUAACAAGUCAAAUGCCAGAUUCUGCAUCUGAGAUGGAGUAGCACCAGGCACAAGUAUAAACUGGGAGAGGAGUGGCUGGAGAGCGUCCUGCAGAGCAGGCCCUGGGGGUGCUGGUGGGCAGCAUCUCAGUGUGAGUCAGCAGUGUGUGCUUGGGCAGCCCCGAGGGCAAACCAUGUCCUGGGGAGCAUCAAACAUGGCAUCAUCAGCCGCUCAGAGGGAGGGGAUUGUCCCACUGUGCUCAGCAUUGGUGUGGCCUCACAUGGACUCCAGGGUGCAGUUCUGAGCCCCACCAUUUCAGAGGGGUGUGAAGGUCCGUGAAUGUGCCCAGAGGAGGGCAACGAAGCUGGUGGAAGGGUUGGAAGGCAUGUGUUGUGAGGAGCAGCUGAGGACUUUGGGCUUGUCUGGUUUGGAGAAAGGAAGGCUGAGGGGAAACCCCCUUGCUCUGCAGCUUCCCUAGGAGGGUAAGAGUAGAGCAGUGAGGUGCUGAUCUCAUCUUCCUGGAAUCCAGUGAAUGGACACGUGGGAAUGGCUCAAAGCUGCGUCAAGGGACAUUAGGAAACAUUUCUUUACCGAGAGAGUGGCCAGACACUGGAACAGGCUUCCUAUAGAGGGGGUCAAUCAAUGCCCCAAGCCUGUCAGUGUUAAAGAGGCAUUUGGACAAUACCCUUAAUAACUGGCUUUAACUUUUGGUCAGCCCUGAAGCAGUCAGGGAGUUGGGCUAGGUGAUUGUUGUAGGUCCCUUCCAACUGAAAUUAUUCUAUUCUAUUCUAUUCUGUUCUAUUCUAUUCUAUUCUAAUAUUCAGACACACACUAAAGGUUCAGAUAACAGAAGUAAUUCAGUACCUGUUCUCUUGCUUAUCUUUCCCAGAUACAUUAGGGAGUAAAAAGGUUUUUAACCCAGCCCUCUGUGAUAUAAUAACCCAUUGCCUCCCCUUUUUUCCCCCUUUUGUUUGUAAAAUCAAAGAGGACAUAAAAAAACAUUUGACAAAAAGCACUUGAUCAGGAUAGAAAAAUGUAUAGUUUUACAUUUUACAGAACUUGUAAAUAGUUUUAUGUGUGGGCCAUGUGAUGUGGGCUGGGCAGGCAGUUGUUCCUGCUUUGUGAGGCAGAGUUCAAGAUUCCUUUGCUACGCAGGGGAAAAAAAAAACCCAGAAUUUUCAGGGCAGUUUCUCCCAUUAAAGUAAAGCAGACCAAACAGAUACGACACAGGUGAGCACUCCCCCACUGCUCACUCCGCCUUCUUUCCUAAUGAGUUUCCUGCUUUUGUGGGACAGACCGAGAAGAGCUGCAAAAGAGUAGAACAACGGGAAGCAGCAGUGCACAUUUUUCCUUGUGAUGAAGAGAGAAGUUAAACCAUGACUGCUCCUACCUACCGAGACCUCUUUCUGAUGUCUGUCCCUUUAACUGCUCAUCUGUUCUCAACUACCUGCUACCACCAUCUAUACUACCAUGUGGUUAGAGACACGCUGGAAGAACAUCCGCCAAACCUUGCUGCUUCUUUUCACUGCUGCUCUUCUCAUUGGUGUCACCAUGCUGGCCAUUUCAUCUAAUAUCAACCCAGUAGGCUAUUUCUUUCUAGGGGUAGGGGGAGUGUGCCUGGUCGGCUAUUUGCUGAGUGUGUUUGUUGAGUGUUACCUGAGGAAUCAACACCGACAUGACGCAAAUGAAAUACCUCCAAACAGUCAAAGCCAAGCAGGGGUGAAUGCUGCCUAUGAAGCGCCCACCUAUGAGGAGGUGAUGACCAUGUCAUCUCCAGCAAUAUGGACGAUUACAUCCAACCCAGGCCCAGUGCCCUCGCCAUUGAGCGAGCCUCCUCCUUACAGCGUCGUUAUCGAAUCCUCUGGCCAACAAGAGAUUAUGGUCGAGGCUCUCCGGGUGUCAGUGCCACCAGACACGAGGCCCACCUCUGAGACAGACACAGGCUCCAGGAUACAGCUGCAGCUGGUGUUGCCCCCAAGACCGCAGCGGUUUGUUUCAGACAUCCACAAGGAGAGAGAUAUUGAAGACAGGUUUGAACCACUAGAACCACUCACUCCACCACCUGCUUAUGAGAGUGCCAUCAGUGAUGAGGUCUUUGAAGAUGUUUGCCAUCCCUCUGCAUCAUGAUUACUUUCACCUUCCAUGAAUACAGAACCAAACCCUUACCCUAAUACAGAAUGCUCCUAGAAAGAAGGUGAAAGGGCUGAGAUUUUUCAUGCCUGAAACUGUAAAAGUUUGUCUCACCAUUCUUUGAAACAGAGUUGAACUAAAAACACAGCUUCUGAUGUCACUAGAAUCUUUUUGCACAAAAUAAAAAUCAAUGCAAUACCACAGUGCUUUGACUUGGCAGAUACAUAAAACCACCGUGAGGAAAGUUGUGUUAUAUAUGGCAACAUUCUCAAACUGAAGAUACACCUUUAUGAGGGAAAAGAGCAGAUCAUGAGAACAGACAAGGUUAUCAAAGAACCUCUGAAGAAGGACUGUAAGAUGCAGCCAAAAGAAUCUGCCUGGGAAAGGGAAGGAAUAGAAACAGCACUAAGCACGUUCUGCCUGUGCAUUACAAACAGCAAUAUUGCUGAGAGCUGUGCAGUCAUCAGCCACCCGGAAAUCCUUACAGAGAGACCAAGCCUGCACUUCCCGGAGUUGCUGUUUUGCAGCAACAAAAAUUUAUGGUUUGCGCUGUUUGUCUCUCUGGACUCUGGAAAGGUCCAGUCUGUCUGCCAAGGCCAGAGCUGCAGUGGAGAGCACCUGAGAAUAAUAGUCCCAAGGCACAAGUGGUCUUCAUCAUGAAGGCUCUAGGCUGGAGCCAGGUUUUAGCUCUCACUGAUCAGUGGUGACAUGCAGUCUCUUAAAAUGGGUGAGUUAAACUGAUAGCCUCUGCAGUGUCAAAGUGGUCUACAUUCAUAGACCAUGCAAGGAGACAUUCAUGUCUGGUGAAUGUCCAAAUUAAAAAAUAAAAAUAAAAAUGGUGGUCCGAAUCGCCUCAUGAAGGAGAGCAGCAAUCAUCACAGCCUUGCUCGUAUGACUGCAUCAUCUUGAAUUCCUACGAGGAACCAUCAAACCACAGCUAGAAGCAAACAAUUUCUUAUAGUUUGAUUCUUUAUAGUUCAAAGAAAAAAAAAGGACCCUCUGUGUUGUUUGUAAAUAAACAGGACUGCAUUAAAAAUU